AUGCCACAGGACCCGCAAACAACAUACAUCGACUACCACAGUAUGGCGCUCUUCCGCCCGUUCGAUAACGGCAUGCUACCAGCCGAGAUGGUCGAGUUGAUUGCCCAAAAACUCCCGCAAGAAGAUCUGGGCAGCUUUCGUCAGGCUUCUCGCAUGUGUGCUGCAGGCGUCUCGAAAGUCUUCAAGGAAAAUCUCCGGUCCUUGCGCGUGAGGCUUGCCACAGAGUCGAGCAUUGCGAAUGCCAUCAAGAUCGUCAAUCAUGCAGACUUGGGCGCGGCGGUUCAAGAACUGAUUCUCGUCGACAAUCAUGCCGAUGACCCAGCGAACCACGACUUCUCGUCAAGCCGUGACGGAGACGAACUGCGCCUAGGACACGCAAGGGCAGCUCGUAGAAAAGCUCGGACGACGUAUUCUCAGCAAACCUCGAUGCGGGAAUGUGGAAGCGACCGACGCUUACUUACGCAGCUCUUUGACAAGUGCGACGAGAUCGGGAUCAAGGAAAUGGUCUUUGAGUCGGAAAAUUGCGGAGACUGGGACGAGGAAGGGUACUGGAACGAGGAUCUUCAGAAAGACUGUCGCAAGGGACAAUGGGAGGCGUGCGACAACCACUGCUUUAUGGCCGUGAUGCUCGCAGUAGUGUCCUCCGGUACGAGCUUUGACACAUUCAGAAUGAAUGUCGGUGAAGGCUGCGGUAUUCCAAUGACCCUAUACGGAGCGCAGCUCGAGAAGGGAAUGAUAUGCCGCGCUGCGCUGUCCCGAUUCAAGCAUCUGGAUCUUAUGCUGAACGUGGAGAGCCGAGACACCGGCUUCGAGAGCGCCCAAGCUCGCGAGUUUCUUGCAACCAUGGCGAAACUCGACAUCCGCGGCCUGGCAAUCGCAUAUCUGAGCACUGAGAGUGCCGAUCACGACUAUGCCCCAGCGCUGCACCAAAUUUUGGAGCAGCAAUUCCCAACGAUCCAAAUGCUGGUAUUUGGAGAAGUGAACCUCUCCUGGCGCAGUCUCGUGCCAUUCCUGAAGCGUCACAAGAGCUUGCGCAGAAUGAAACUUCUUGAUACCACAAUUGAAGACGUACCGCGAGAAGUGUCGCACAAAGAUUUCUGCGACGAGCUCUCGCGAGCGAGUGAAAUUCCUGAGGUGACCGAGACAUGCUUAUGCGCUGAAAGGGCUUCAGCAAGAGAGGGAAAACGGCCAGCUAUGGCGCAGUCAGCUACUCUACCAGGCAUGCCGGCGGAGAUGUUUGACUUGAUCGUUGAGUCUACAGAACGAAAGGACCUGAAGCAUCUCCGAUUGGUUUCGCGCGAGUGCGCUGCAAAGGUGUUGAAUACCUUCAGAAAGAGAUGUUUCACGCGUCUGGAAGUCAUGCUCGCCACGGAAUCCAGCAUUACCAACACGAUCGAUAUCAUCAAGCACCCUGACUUCGGGAGAACAGUCAAGUGUCUUUGGCUUGUGGACGACACGGCUACCGACCCCACACGCUUUUGGUCCAACCCGGAGUAUGACCGUCUCAACCGCGAUACCAUGUCUCUCGAGAAGGCUGUAGCUGCUUUCAACGCACAGCGGUCGAUGAGAGGAAGCGGACAAGACCGCCGCCUACUCAAACAGCUCUUCCGCGAGUGUGGCGAGGUCGCAGUAAAGAGCGUGCACUUUCAAUCCUAUGAUGGAGGACAAUGGAGUGCUACCGGAGAAUGGCAAGUCGAAGCGGACAUUCCGACGGAAUGGCAGGCGGGGGACGACCACUGCCUCUUCACCGUAAUGCUCGCGAUUGCCUCCUCAACCGUGCAGUUCGACAAUUUCUCGAUGACCGCUGAGCAUGGUCGAGGCAUCCCGAUCUCUCAAUAUGGAUCCCAGCCUCAAAAGGGUGUUAUCUGCAAGGCUGCGCUCUCACAUUUCGACGUUCUCAAUCUAUGCGUGUGCGCUCACGAUCUCGAUGACGGGCGCCUCAAGCAAGAUGCGCGGGAAUUCUGGUCCAUGAUGACCGAGCUUAAGAUACGCUCCCUGGAGGUCCAAGGUUGGAAGCACGAUGAGGGAGAAGACGGCCCUACGUUGACCACACUCAUGGAGCACGACUUUCCCUAUAUGACCUCGUUAAUAUUGCACCAAUUUCGGCUUGGUUGGGACGAUCUCGUGUCAUUUCUCAGACGUCAGAAGAGCCUGCGUAACCUCGAGCUCCUGUUCACGACGGUCUGCAACACCCCGCAGGAUCUGGACAACAAGAGUCCAGCAUCCGGAACGCGAUCAACAUCAUCGCUCAUCCAUUACCCGGCGGACUACCAUUUCGCGCAUGCACAUGGCAAGAGCAUCGCUGUAGCAGCGCAUCAAGCCCAGAAACGGAGGCGAGAGUACGGAAAUGAUCGCAAGCUGCUCACGGAGCUUUUCGACAAGUGCAGGGAGAACGGUCGCAUGCCGAGCAUACACUUCAAAUCCCACCGGGAUGGCAGCAGGAGCCUGCAGUGGCUACGAGAUGCCGGGUGCAGAACCAACUGGAGCAAUGCGGAUGUGACGAAGAACAAAGAGCCGGACAGCGACGACUACUGUCUGACAACGGUGAUGCUCGCUAUAGUCUCGUCCGGUGCGAGCGUCGAUACCUUCUCCAUGGAUGUUGCCGCUGGUCAAGGGAUCCACCUCGGUCGUAACGAAAGAGACAUGCACAAGGGCACCGUGUACGUGGCGGCGCUGUACCACUUCAAAGCUCUCGACCUGGUGUUGAAUGUGUGUGAGCAGGAUCAGGAGGACAGCCACCAGUUCGCCAGAGACUUCAUCACCAAGAUCGCGAAGCUGAACGUUCGAUCACUCAAGAUCAUACCCGUGUCCCGGUAUGAGUGGCAUCUCGAUCUCUCGCCCGUCGCAGCACUCAUGAAACUCGAGUUCCCGCUCCUGGAAUCGCUGGACUUCGAAUACGUUUCCGUCGACUGGAAGAUCCUCAUAGCUUUCUGCAAGCGCCAUAAGAAACUGCGCCAACUUGCUCUACCCGGGAGUCUCGUCACAGGAACGCCUGAUGGUAUCGACGCAGGCUACGUCUUAUGCGCUGAGAUCGAAUUUCUGACCGGAGUCGCGGAGGUGAUGCCAGCACGGCCUUAUGGAAGCUGGAAGACCUGCUUCGCUCGUGACAGCCAAAUCGCUUUUCAAUCGCCAAACGCACACGAUCCAGUAAUUUUCGUCGUCGAAGCCCUCCAUCCCGGUCAUCCAGCAUUCGAGCAUUCGAAACCGCCGAGGAAGCCGCUCGUGACAGCCACAUCGCCUUUCAAUCGCCAAAAGCACACGAUCCAGUAA